GAAAAAGAAACCUUCCCCCCUGAGAUUCUAUUGCUUCAGUUGUUAAUUCACUGUAUGGGUAGCUCAAAGUUUCUAUUUUUCAUUGAUUAACUGGACCACAAAACUGUUCUCUUAUCAGUUCCUAAUUUCAUGCGACUCUGUUUUAACUUCCCAAGCUUCUUCACAAGUUUCCCGGCAGGAUGGCACCUAACAUGUUCUUCGUUUCCUUACUUCUUCUAUUGAUUCCAACAAGUGUUUCUCUUCGACUUAAUGGAGAAGAAGGUUUCAUCUCAGGGGCCAUAUCUGAAAAGGGUCUUGAUUACGCCAAAGAUUUGCUCAUCCGCGAAGCUAUGUCAUCUCUUGUUGCACUUCAACUGCCUCAAAUCGAGAAGUCUGCCAGAGUCAGGCUCGUUGGUAAAUGUAAAAUAGUUCUUUCCAAUAUUACUUUUGUUGAUGUCAACAUAACUUCUUCAUAUGUUAAGACUGGAGAGAGGGGAAUAGUUCUAAUCGCUUCAGGCGGCACAGCUAAUUUGAGUAUGAACUGGAGUUAUUCUUGUAGCACUUGGUUAUUGCCUGUUUCUGUUUCUGAUAGUGGGAACGCCUUUGUGAAGGUUAAAGGCAUGCAAGUGGGCCUGACUAUAAAUUUCGAGAACCAAGAAGGUAGUCUGAAGCUGAUUCUCCUAGAUCAUGGAUGUUACGUAGAAGACUUGCUCAUAAAAUUGAAAGGUGGAGCAUCUUGGCUUUACCAAAGGAUAGUGGAUCUUUUUGAAGGGAAAAUAGCAUCUGCAGUUGAAGAUGCCAUUUCUGGUAAAAUAAGAGAAGGGAUAUUGAAGCUUAGCAGUUCAUUGCAGUCCCUACCAAAAGAAAUCUCCCUGGGCGAAACCGCUGUACUAAAUGUUUCUUUCGUGAACAAUCCUGUGUUGACUAAUUCUUCCAUUGAGUUUGAAAUCAAUGGUCUAUUCACAGGGAAAAAGGAAAUUUUAGUUCCUCAAUGUUUCCACAGAGAACCAGAGACUUCUUUUCGCUGUGGUGGUUUGUCUAAGAUGAUCAAGAUUUCAUUGCAUGAAGAUGUGCUAAAUUCUGCUUCCUUGGUUUACUUCAAUGCUGGUUACAUGCAAUGGAUGGUUGAUAAACUACCAGAUCAGGCCCUUCUGAACACAGCUGCAUGGAGAUUCAUAGUUCCUCAACUAUACAAGAAAUAUCCAAAUAAAGACAUGGAGCUUAAUAUCUCAGUAUCAUCUCCACCAAUUAUACAAGUGACCAGCCAAGAUAUUGGCGCUACCAUUCAUGUAGAUAUAAUAGUUGAUGUUGAGGAUGCUGGGGAAGUUGCUUGUAUUUCAGUGGACAUUAGUGCUUCAUGUUCUGCAGAAAUCCUCCGAAACGACAUUGCUGGAAGUCUCAGAUUGAAUGGUUUUUCCACAUACUUAAAAUGGAGCAAGAUUGGUCCUUUGCGCAUGCAUCUGAUCCAGUUAGCAGUAUCAACCAUACUCAGAACCACCGUCUUGCCAUUAGUGAACUGGCUAUUAAGCGGAGGAAUUCCAUUGCCUUACCUCCAUGGUUUUACACUCCAGAAUGCUCAUACCUUCUACAAUGCUCCAUGGAUUACAGUAUGUAGUGAUGUUUCCUUCUUAAGACACUACUAUCUCAGUUAGCUGCCAGUUUAUGUAUUAUAAAACAUCCCAGUGGGCCAUAUGUAAUUUGUGUUGUAUCAUUGUUCUCAUUGUAGAGAUAGAAAUCAUGUACAUAAAACAUUUUCAAUGCAGAAUCAACUAAAAUUUCAGGGGAAAUGCAUGAGCUAAAAUUGUUUCGAA